AUGUCAUGGCGGUGGCGCGCGGCCGCAAGAGGCGCCUGGCGGAGUUGACGGUGGACGAGUUUCUGGCCUCCGGCUUCGAGUCCGAGUCCGAGUCCGAGUCCGAGCUCGAAGGAGCCCCGGGAGCCGAGGCGCGGGCGGCGCGCGGAGCGGCACGGAGUCCGCGCGGGCCAGGCGGGAGCCCCCCGACCAGUCGGCAUAAAGGCCGUGCCUCUGAGCACAAGGACCAGCUAUCACGGCUGAAGGACAAAGACCCCGAGUUCUACAAGUUCCUGCAGGAGAAUGACCAGAGCCUGCUGAACUUCAGUGACUCGGACAGCUCUGAGGAUGAAGAGGAGCAGCUCCACCAGCUGCCAGCCAUGCUGGAGGAGGCCAGUGAGGAGGAGGACGGAGAGGCAGAUGAGCAGGGCAGGGACAGAGAACUGAAGGGGAAGAAGAGCAGCUCUGUUGCUGUGACCUUCGCCAUGGUUGAAAGAUGGAAGCAGGCGGCAAAGCAGCACCUCACUCCAAAGCUGUUCCACGAAGUUGUGCAGGCCUUCCGAGCAGCUGUGGCCACCACCCAAGGAGACCAGGAGGGUGCUGAGGCCAGCAAAUUCCAGGUCACGGACAGUGCUGUGUUCAAUGUUCUGGUCACCUUCUGUAUCAGGGACCUCUUUGGCUGUGUCCAGAAACUGUUGGUUGGAAAGACACCAAAGGGUAGCAGCAGGAUGCUGCAGCCGUCCAGCAGCCCGCUCUGGGGGAAGCUCCGUGUGGAUGUCAAGGCGUACCUGAGCUCCGUCACACAGCUGGUGGCCUGUCUGGUGGAAGCAACAGUGUCAGCCGCCGUCCUCCAGCACAUCAGCAGCUUGGUGCCCUACUAUCUGACCUUCCCCAAGCAGUGCCGCAUGCUGCUCAAGAGGAUGGUGGUUCUGUGGAGCACGGGUGAGGAGUCCCUGCGCGUGCUGGCCUUCCUGGUCCUCAUGAGAGUCUGCCGGCACAAGAAGGACACGUUCCUGAGCCCUCUCCUCAAGCACAUGUACAUCGCCUAUGUGAAGAACUGCAGGUUUACCUCUCCUGGCACCCUACCCCUCAUCAGCUUCAUGCAGCGGACCCUGACGGAGCUGCUGGCCCUGGACCCCAGUGCCUCCUACCAGCAUGCCUUCCUUUAUAUCCGCCAGCUUGCCAUCCACUUGCGCAAUGCCAUGAUCACUCGCAAGAAGGAGACGUAUCAGUCUGUGUACAACUGGCAGUACGUGCACUGCCUGUACCUAUGGUGCCGCGUGCUGAGUACUGUGCGCCCCAGCGAGGCCCUCCGGCCCUUGGUCUAUCCCCUCUCCCAGGUCAUCAUCGGCUGUAUCAAGCUUGUCCCCACCGCCCGCUUCUACCCGCUGCGCAUGCACUGCGUUCGUGCCCUGACGCUGCUGUCAGAGAGCACCGGCGCCUUCAUCCCCAUACUACCCCUCAUCCUCGAGGUUUUCCAACAGGUUGACUUCAACAGGAAGCCGGGGCGCAUGAGCUCCAAGCCCAUCAACUUCUCUGUGAUCCUGAAACUGUCCAAUGUCAACCUGCAGGAGAAGGCAUACCGGGAUGGCCUAGUGGAGCAGCUCUGUGACCUCACUCUGGAGUACCUGCACGGCCACGCACACAGCAUCUCCUUCCCCGAGCUGGUGCUGCCUGCUGUCUUGCAGCUGAAGUCCUUCCUCCGGGAGUGCAAAGUGGCCAACUACUGCCGGCAGGUGCGCCAGCUGCUGGAGAAGAUUCAGGAGAACGCAGAGCACACCCGCAGCCACCGCCAGCGGGUCUCCUUUGGCGUCUCUAACUGGCAUGCAGUGGAAGCCUGGGAGAAGCAGGUCCGGGAAGAGGGGACCCCGCUCACCAGGUACUACAGCCACUGGCGGAAGCUGCGGGACCGGGAGAUCCAGCUGGAGAUCAGUGGCAAAGAGCGGUUGGAAGACCUGAACUUCCCAGAGAUCAAGCGGAGGAAGGUGGAAGACAGGAAAGAGGAGGACAGGAGAGAAUUUAAGGACCUGUUUGACCUGGACAGUGCUGAGGAGGAAGAGGAGGAGGAGGCAGCCUCAGACUUUUCAGAGAGAGGGAUGCCUGGGUCCCUGAAAGCACGGCAUGGGGUGGAUGAGGACGAGGAGGACAGCGGCAGCUCGGAGGAUGGAAGCCCAGACACAGAGGCAGGGCUGGACCCGGGGGAGCUGUGGCGGCUGGCCCAGGGACCAGAGGACGAGCUGGAGGACCUGCAGCUCUCGGAGGAGGACUGAGGGUGGUGGCCUGCAGGCCUGUGGGGGCUGGUGUCCGCGCAGCAGGGGAAGGGCUGUGGAUGGUGGGCGGGACUUUACUUUGACAGCACAAGAGACCAACCGUACCAAGAGC